UCAGAGUGAUAAAAGUACAGAAAAUUUUUUUACAGUGUGUUUAUCUGGUGAAGAUUUUCUUAUUUCUUUCAUAAAACUAUAUAAGAUCAUCGUCAAUUUUAAUUGCUGAGUAUAUAUUUGCAAUUCGCAAAAACUGUUGUCUAGUAAUCUGAAUAUGAUUAAUUUUGUGAGAUUGUUAAAUUGAUAUUAUUACAAUCACAUGGGGUUGUCGGUCAGUUUUAACGAUCAAUAACAAUAGAAAAAUGAAUUAGCGAAGUGAGCAGAAAAUAAUUCAUUUAUUGAAAUCAUGGUCAUUGAAGACCAGGGAAAUUUGCUUUCCGGAGCAGAGAAUUAUGUACAAAACUUUUAUAGUUUGUUCAAAGUUGAGGCACAGAGGUUAAAAAAUGAAUGGAAGAAAUACAAGAAAAGCAAAUCGAGCAGUAAAAAAGAGAAGAAAAAAGUGGAUGUAAGUGGUGAAAGUUGUUACAGUAGUCCACCAGGGAUAGAAGUUCUAAGCAAUGCUUCAUCGUUUGCUGUUUUUGUUGCGGUGAGAAAUUCCAUUUUGGAAAAACGUAAUCACAUUGCCAGUGAAUUAAAUCCUACAUCAAAUUGUACAUCUCCACCUCCUCCAGAAUUCAGUGAUACGAUUGACAGCGACAGUGAUGACGAAGAUAAAAUAUCGUCAACCCAAAGUUUACCAAAGAUUGUUGGUAUUGGUCUAAGAAGUGUUUUUACUUUAGUGAAAGAAAGUCGAACGAUUGAACCAAUAUUUUGUAAUAAAGCGCUGCGCGCUUUAUUAGAUAUUCUGCAAGGACAACUUCCAGAAGGAUUAAAAGGCGAGCCAGAUGAUAUUGUGGAUUCAUUGUUUGAUCUGCUGCUUGAUCUUGCAACAUCACACGGGCCCGAAUCUGAUGCAGCUAACGAUGGCAGUCAUUUAACAGCAGUGGCUUGUGCAUGUCUACUUAGUUUAGUCGUUGUUCGAGGUGAUACUGGACAUGUAUUAUCGGCAAUAGCAGCUUUACUGAUGUCGCCCAGAGCAUUAGCGGCACAAAAUAUUCAGAUGCCAUAUGUACUAAUUUCGCUACAAAGAAGUGUCCACUCUGUGUUUUUUGGUAAACUUGCAAGACGCGAUUGGAUAACUUAUGGAGUACCUAAAAAUUCCAAGGUUAACACUUCUGCCCUCAAAUUACCAAAUGAUAUGAACAAUGUAAUAUUGAAUGGAAAAAGUUUUGUCAGUGAUGGAAAGUACUUGUAUCUUCAUACAAAUCAAGGUCUGAUUAAGAUUGGCAGUGGAUAUGGAGGAACAAUCUGGGGUCACAUUUAUGCUCAUAAAUCUGAUUUUUAUCCUUCAGAAAUUGGCUGGCUAGGUUAUGCAAAUAAUUCCUUGUAUUUUAAAUGCGCACCUAAAAAUCAGUAUGAGUUGCUGAUACUGGAUACUGAGUUACUUUCAAUUAAAGGUAAAGCCGUUUUGGAGGGUAAAGACUGGUCUUCCUCGGUUAUGUUUUCCGAUGGUGAGAAUCUGGGAAUGUUGACAGCUGGAAAGGAUGAGGGUUUUGUUAUUCGAACGAUAAACACAUUGAGGAAUACUGUUAACGUAACGUCUGAGCUUCCAUUGAAAUUUGCAAAACAAGGUAUAGAUGUGUUUGGUUACGCUUUCUUUGAUGAGGAUCAAACAGCUCAUGUUCUUAAUCCUGGAUACGAUGAUGAAAUUGCCUCAGUGGCAGCAGGCAAAGAAUUUGCUCUGCUAAGAACGAUUUCUGGAAAGUUGCUCUAUACAGGAAAGGGAAAUUGCCUUGGAAUGAAAUUGAAUACAAGACCAAAUAGAUGGCUUGAAAUGGCAUUAGGAAAAGAUGCGAAAGUUGUUGAUUUCUCCGUGGGUCACGAAGGCUAUCAUGCUAUUUUUGUUCUCGAUGAUGGUUCUGUUCUUUUCGCCGGAACUUCCCGACGGGGAGAGGAUGGAGAGAGUAUUAAAGUGCGACGGCCGGCAAAGGCAAUGAAGCCAAAGAAAAUAACAAAAGUCGAAAGCCAGGUGAUUGUUAAUUCGGCAUGUAACAAUGGAACAACAGCUCUUGUGACAAAGGAAGGUUCUUUAUUAAUGUUUGGCAAAGAUUGUUUGCAUUGCGAUGGAUCGACGGGUUUCGUUUCGAAUCUCAAAGACGUAUUUGUGGUGCAAGUUUCCUUAGGAAAAGCUCAUGCAGCCGUAUUAACAAAUAAAGGGCAUUUGUAUACAUUUGGUAUUAAUAACAAGGGACAGUGUGGUCGUGAUUUUACUGUUGGGCAGACAUUUGUGAAGGAAGUGACGUUCAUGGAUACGGAAAAUGGUGCUGGGCCUGGUGAAGAUGAAUUGGGUGCUGUAGAAGAUGAACCUGCAGAGGAUUGGGAAGAAGCAAGAGGUAUGUGUUCUCCAGGAAAGCACCAAUGGAGGCAAAGAGAUUGCAUGGUGUGUACAGUUUGUCGAGAAUGCACGGGCUACAGUAUAUCCUGUCUCAGCAGCAUCCGACCUGACAGAAAUCCUGGACAAGAAUGUGGUUGCGGAGAAGGUGAUUCCGGUUGUGCAGUGUGUGGCUGCUGUCGUAUUUGUGCUCGGGAAAAUUGUGAUAAUGGUGGUGAAAUGGCAGUUCUUGGACCAUCGGGAUUAAUUUUUGAAGGAAAAGCUGGUUCCAGUAUACGUGAAUACCUCCGCAAACGAUUGGAGGAAAGAAAGCAACGGCACAGAACAAAAUCUGGCUCAAGUUCUAGCAAACAUGUUGGAAAAUUGAAAGGCUCAAAUAAUCAGAGAUCAGCUGGAAGUAGAGUGAAUAUUCAAACAAUAACGGUCACUAGACUGCCCUCAGGGGUAUUUAAUAUUGUACCAGAUGAGGGUGAGAAAGGAAAUGACAUGGAGAAAGGUGAGAAAUUUCAAAAAAUCACUGUAACUCGACUGCAAUCGGGAGUUUCCUAUCUUUUACCGGAUGAAGUAGAAAAAGGCAGUGACGCUGAGAAAGGCGAUAAAGGUAGUGACGCCGAAAAAGGCGAUACCAUAAGAAUAUCAAAUAUACCACCCGCAAGAGUUCCUGUUCCCGAUGAUGUUCCGGUUAUUCAAGUAUCAUGCGGAUUACAUCAUACUGUGAUUCUUUUGAAAAACGGUCAUGUUUAUACAUUUGGAAGUAAUAUUCAUGGACAACUUGGAGCUGGUAAUCUGUUUGCUCACGCAGGACUUGUUCAUGUGAAAUUACCGAUUGCUGCUUCUCAUGUUGCGGCUGGCAGCAAUCACACUGUCAUUCUCACUGUAAAUGGAGAAGUCUACACUUUUGGCUCUUAUCAGAAAGGGCAACUAGGCAUGAAAGGAGAAAUUGAAGAUGAAAAUAUCUCGCAAACAAGUGUUAGAUCCGAAAAAUCUCAACCUUGGUAUAGUUUUCCAAAUCAAGUUCCGAAUAUUGGCUGUGAAUGGGGUAGACGAGCUACCUGGGUGGGAGCUUCCGGUGAUCAAACUUACAUCAAAAUUGAUGAAACUAGUUUCAUUAGUUUAACAAAGAGCAACGUGGUGGCAAAUAAAAGUUGUAUGAUUUUGAUUCCUCAUCAGAGCGAUCAUUCGAAUCCAUUGAAAUGUCUGGUUAUCGAUAAACGUGAUGGCAGCUGUAAUAGUUUUAGCGGAAAUGAUCAGGUUGAUUUUAGUCGUUGCGCAGCUAAUUUGGAUCCUUUGUACAAUGUAAUUUGGACCUUUGAUUCGGAAACUAAUGAAAUCUCUUCGUACAAUAUAAUUUCCGCUGACUCAAAAGUGAUUCCUAGUUUGGAAAUGUCCAUUCUUAAUCCAGGACUUGCAUUACCGGUGGUGCCAAAUUGUUUUGUUACACGUUCUCAGGCAGCAAUUCAUUUAUUGUCUUGUUUAGAUACACUUACUCAAAUACAGGAUGAUAAAUUGACAAUUAUGGAAGAAAGCGACAGUAAUCAGUCGACACAUAAUAAAAUUUACAAUCGAGAAGACUUUGUGACAGUGAGCCGAUUUGAAAAUCAUGGUGGUGGAUGGGGAUAUUCCGGACAUUCAAUUGAGGCUAUCAGAUUUAUGGUAGACACUGACAUCCUUUUAGGUGGUUAUGGAUUAUUUGGUGGACGUGGGGAAUAUGCCGCAAGAAUCAAGUUAUUUGAUAUCGGAUUGGAUGGUGGCGAUCAAGAAGUUGAUGGUGAACUCCUGGCAGAAACAGAAGAAAUGCCAUAUGAAUGUGGACCAAGACAGAAGAGUGCAAUUUUAUUUGAUGAACCAGUAAAUUUACAAGCAAAUAGAUGGUAUGUUGCUUGGGCAAGAGUAAGUGGACCUUCAAGUGAUUGCGGUUCGGGAGGACAAGUUGUUGUUACAUCCGAAGAUCAGAUAGUCUUUAAUUUUAAAUCAUCGAAGAGAUCAAAUAAUGGAACGGAUGUAAACGCUGGUCAAAUUCCACAAUUGCUCUAUCGAAUUAUUACGCCUGAGAAUCAAAGUCUAAACACACAAAAAGAUCAAAUUGAACCUGUUUACAUACUCAGUAAAGAAUUUAGUAAAGCAGUAAGUAAGGAGUGUUUCAAAUCGUUAAUAUCUCUUUUGCAAUGGAGUUGGAAUACAUUGAAAGCGAAUUUAGCGAAUUCAACUAUGAAUUUAACAUCAUUCACUAUUUCGGAGUUGGAAAGACUUGUUUAUAUCAGUAAAGCAAGUUUGAGAUUACUUAGAACGUAUACAAAUGAGAUAUAUCCAAAUAUAGUUGUUAAGAAAGCCCCAGCCGAAUCUGUGAAAUUAGCAGAAUGUACAGUAGAACUGCGCACAUUGAUUCAACAAAUUCUUUCAGACUCAAUAAGCAUUAACAAGAAAGGCAAAAGCAAAACACGGUUCAGUAAAAGUUCGAAUCAGCUUUUCAUAAAAAUGGCAAAUACAGUGUUGGAAGAAUGUCAUAAAACUUUCGUAGCUUGUUACCAUGCAUUUUAUCCUACUGCCUAUUUAAAGUGGACUUCCUUAUGUGAACUUCUAUCAAAAAUUGAUAAGGAACAAGGGAUAACGUCAAAAGAUCGUCUUCUUUCGGCUGUUCUUGCGUCACUUUGCAAUUCAACUGUUCGUUUAAGAACUACAUUUCCAAUUUUGAACAAUGUCAUGGACAGUAGUGAUAAUGUUAAACGUCAAUUGAGUCCGUCCGAUAAUACGAGCUUAUUAAUGAUGAAUUCUACAGAAUCCCAUCAUUAUCCAAUUCUCGUUGAGCAAAUUAAUCAUAAAUCACAAAUUGAGAGUACAGAAAAUGAAAUGUUAAAUUGGUCUUUUCGUGAUGUUCUUGAUCGACUUUUGGAUUUAACAUUAAUACCAGUGAAAAGACGUCUUUGCGAUGAAAGUUGUCAAUCACUUCCUGACCUUGUGCUACAUUGCUGUCAUUUAUUGGCGAAAGUCAUUGCUGAAUUGGCCGCACAAUCUAAUGGAACAGAGGAUGAAUUUCAAAUUGCUUGCGGGAGAAUUUUAUACACAACACCCUCAAGAUUUGCUAGAGUGAAUCAAACGAGAUCAUGGAACACUGGCAAUGGUGCUGCAGACGCUAUUUGCUUUUCAGUAGACAGACCCGGAAUCACAAUAGCUGGUGUUGGUGUAUAUGGUGGAGUUGGAGGAUAUGAUUAUGAAUUGGAACUGUUGGAUGGCCAAAACAAUACUGGAAACGAUCCCUAUAAUACACAACGGUGGAUGAGCUUGGAUUUCAUAAGGGGCUCUUUUAGCGCUGAAGAGUGCAGUGAUGAGGUUAUGGACUUGAAAUUUAAUAAGUCGAUACCAAUAAAGGAGAAUGUUAAAUAUGCAAUUCGUUUAAGAAAUCGAGGUGGUCGAACCAGCAACGGGGAUGGUGGACUGAGUGUUGUCAAAGGUCCAGAUGGAACAAGUUUUACUUACACCACUUGCUCCUUAUGUUUUAAUGGUACAACACAAACUAGAGGACAGAUACCUCAUAUUCUGUAUUACUCCAAUCCGGAAGAUACAGGUGUUCAACAAACAAGUAAAGCAAUGGUUGAAGUGCAAGCGAGAAAAUACAUUCUAGCAAUGACGACAACAAUAAUUCAACGAGCGAAUGAAAUUCUCGCCCUUGCGCGUGAAAAAGUUGCAGAAAUGAGGUCUAUUGAGAUUCUUGGAAAUGCCACUUUUAUAACAACACUUUUACCAUUGGUUAUAGCUCACAUUGGUCCUUUAGCUUCUUCCGACCCGAGAAGUGGAGUUCAAAUUUUGACAUUGAUUCAAGAAAUGCUUCCACACGUCGCUGCUCUUAACCUUUUGUCAGGACCAUCUUCUGUCUCCCAAGACAAUGAGAUGCAAAUGCAUUUUACGUCGCCUAUAACAACAAGUACGCAUUACACUUGGCUAGAGAGUGAACAUCCUUACAAGCCAGCAACUGUUACACAAUAUAAAGUUACAUUUCCCGAAACAGUGAAAUGGUUAACAGUUGAAUUCACUUCUGAAUGUGGCACAGCCCAACCGGAAGAUUACUUGCAAAUAUUUAUACCAGAUAUAUCUAAUUCAAGGUCUUCCAAAUGUUCGAAUACGGACGAAAGUCAAGAAUUGUUUCCUGUUCUUAGGAAGUUAAGCAAUGUGCCUUGCCAAUGGCCUCAAAAUGCAUUUGUUUUGCCUGGAAAUAAAGUUAUAUUCUCACUGGAAACUGCUUCGGAUUACAUGAAAGAUAUCAAAUCAAAUAUGUACGGUUUCAAGUGUCUCAUUAUUGGCUACGACUGGAUUACUUCCGGCAAUGGGCUAAAAAACCUCGAGAUGGAAUUAGCUUUUCUCGGUGGUGCUUGCACUGCCGGGCUUAUGCAGAAGAAUCUCACGUUACCAACAAUGUCAUCUGACGAAAUUGAAGAGGAUUUAGAGUCGGUACAGGAAACAGCAAAGAGGAUUUUCUCCGUUCACUCAGCUCUUCUUGGACGAGGAUUCGCCCUCGAAACUCCACCGUCGGUGUCGCAGGCUCUGGAUGGCGUUCUACCAUUCAGUUGCCAGUCCAAUGAGCGCUUGUUCCUGAGGGAUUUUGUGUCCAGUACUGUGGGCACAAGUGGUGGUCGCUUGGCCAGAUGGUUGCAACCAAACAGCUUCGUGGAUCCCUCUCAAUGCGAGGUACUUUAUUCCCGGGAAGAAAUGAGAUGCGGAUGGCCUGCUGUCAUCACAAUUCUCGCCAGGGACCAAUUUGGCGAAAUAGUCCACGUACCUGGUCUCAAGGUUGAAUUGAAGGCAGUGCCAAUAGACAAGAAGGAUAUAUCUGAUUCGGAUCAAGGCAUAAAAAUUCGCAGAGUUUCGAAAACAGAUCCAAUGACAUUUGGUGGCCAUCCGCAACCCUCACUGGACGUGCCCUACGAAGUGACGGUCAGCAAUAAAAUGUGCUUUUACGCGAUCACGAUAAUGAAAGCCUAUCAAAAUUAUUCGUUCGAAGAAUUGAGAUAUACUUCACCGGCUCUAAAAAGAUCGAGCGAAAGUAUGCUCGUUAUUCCAAAUGGUGAUGGAAGUUAUGGUGCCACUUGGACCCCAUCUUCCGCAGGCUGGUACUCCAUCAUGAUCACAAUUGAUGGCUACAACAUGGAAGAUAAUUAUAAAGUCGAGGUAAAAGAACCUCCACUGGGUGUGCAGCCACCAACACAAAAUCUUAUGACGAAACUUCCUAAACAAAUGACCAAACUGAGAAAAUUUGUUUCUACUAGCAGUGCCGGUCUGAGAAUUAGAACUCAACCUUCAUUGCAGAGUGAACAAAUUGGUAUUGUUCCUAUCGACCACACCAUAGUUUUCAUAGACGAGUAUUAUAAUGACGAUGGUGUCUGGCUAAGACUGAAUGCAGAAUCAAUAAUGAAAUAUUGCAGUAAAAGUCAUUUCGAAGCUUGGUGCUUGCAGUACAAUCAGCAUUUAGGAAAGACUCUACUAUUUCCCGUUGAUGAAGUGAAGAGCAAUGUGAAAUCGGUUGUGAAGGAUGACAUGUUUAGGAAACGCUCGGAAAUUGAAGAAACAUCUCGUCGUUUUAGUAAAAGAAAAACAGCGACAUUCAAUGGUGGAACGAGUAUGGUAGUGAUUACUUGCGGUGCCUCGGGACAUAAUAUCAGGAGCCGACCAAAUCUAAAAGCUAGACCUAUCGGGAUUUUAGCUCUUGGAAAUACCGUCACUGUUCAGGAAGAUUUUGUAAACAAUGAGGGAGUGUGGGUAAGAAUUGACGAUGAUUCGAUGAAUAAGUUUUGUUUCGACACGGAAGGCGAGGCCUGGUCGCUUGCUGUCAAUAAAAAGGGAAUAAUCUACAUGAAAUCUGAACAAGACUUGGAAGUUGAUCCUAUCGAAAAGAAAUCAGCAAUUGAAGAAAUAUCGUCGUCACCUACUAACAAAGGUUAUGACAAAGGUUUCGACUUUUCCAAUCCUUCCGGCAGUCACGAUGGUUUCAAUUUUAGCGCACAAAACUUUUCACCGAGUACUGUUGGUUCCGGCGACGCAGGAAAUUCCAAUCCUUUCGUUUUUGGCACUCAUAGUCAACACGAUUCACUGGAGCAUGAAAAAUGCGUCCUAGAGAAAUGCGAAACACCGCCGAGAUUUAUUAAAAGUCACUUGCCACCGAGAGAACAGAACGUCAAGGAAAAGGAGAGUAGUGGUGGAAAAUUUAAUGCGUUGCAAAAAUGGUUGCGAGGGGACGAUAAACUUUAUGGCGAGAAGAAAGGUUCACCCGGAAGAGAUUUUUCCGAAUUUAUCGGAGUUUCUGUAAAAGAAUUGGUGAAGGCUAUUGGCGAGAGUCGCACAAAUGGAAACGGAGCAACACCUCCAGACACUCCAAAAAAAUUAUCCAGAAGUUCUUCCCCAAAAAAUCCACAGACCAUUUCCCCAAGAUUUAAUAAUAGGUCUUCCAGUCCCGUUCCCAUUGUUGCUGGGUGCAGUCAUCCUUCAAUGAGUUCUUCUAAUUGUCUUUUUCCAUCUGCUGCAAAUGCUUUAGGAGGAAAAAAUUUCGUUAGCGGCGGAGGAAGUGCAAGCAGUAGUGUUUCUCUUUACGGUUCAUCUCACAGUGGUGGAUUUUCACCUUUGGUCCUGGGAGGUGUGACUGACAUUGCAAAAGGCCAAACCUGUGAGGCAACUCCGACCGAUACAAACACUCCAAACAGCAGUUUGACUCAAGAUCAAUUCAAUUCAUUAAGCAGAGUGAGUUCAAAUACAAAUACGAGGGAUCCAUCUCCAAGUAGGAGUUGCAGUUCCCAACAAAUUAAAUUAGAGGAGAACACAGCUAGUCCACCAAAUACUCCGAAACAAGAAUUUCUUGAUCCUCAAGAGAGUCCAAGCAAAGUGACGGAGGCCCAAACGCAAACGAGUCCUGAGAAUGCAACAACAUCAGUGAUGGGUCACUUUAAUAUUGGAACAACAACGAAAGACGAGCGAAAUUCGCCAAAAUUCAGUCGACGUGAUUUGACGAAAGUUGUCAAAACAAGAACAAAACGUGCAAUGUCCCCGGCUAAUCUAACAAAUCGGAAAGAAACCUCGAGUCCAAAUAGUAAUCUGAAUUUGAAUAAAGACAAGAUUAAGGAAGCAAUGAGUCCAUCGGCCGCUGAAUGUUUGCGAGCCGUUUUUGCCGCAUUUUUAUGGCACGAGGGCAUCGUUCACGAUGCAAUGGCGUGUGCGAGUUUUUUAAAAUUCCAUCCCACAUUACCCAAGGAGGGCGCUGUUGUUGUGACCCGUCAGGCUGCUGUACAGAAUAACAACAAGAAUCGCGAGGAAUUGACGAGGGAAAUGAAGGCGAGUCAACGUCACUCCGUCGAAGUGUCGAACGCCGGGAAUUAUUUACAUAUCCAACCGAGUACACUCGAGACACUGACGCGUUCAGCCGAUUGUGCUAAUAGAAGCCGAAAGAAAUGCGAAUCGAGCACCAGUAAAGAUGACCCUCCUCAGGAUGAUAAAUUAUCCGCUCUUCCCGAACUUCAUACAGUCGCAAUUCUUCCACCGGCACUCAAGAGUUUAGUAUUCCUCUGGGAGGAGUUGAGUGGUCACUGUCUUCACGCAAUGGAACAACAAACAGUUCUUUCCAGUCCCACAUCGAGUGCACAAUCAAAACUCACGAAACGCGCUGCCGAGAAGCCAUUGCUCGAGGAGAAAUUAAAAGAUCGCGACAAGAAGGGCAAUAAGCGGAAAAAGGAACUGAAGAGCGCCUCGAAACCGAAUUAUCCCUCAACUGCCAUUGAACGCGAGGCGACUUGUGAAUUGUGCGGAGGAUUAUUUCCCCAUCCCGUCACCUAUCAUAUGAAAAUGGCCCACCCUGGUUGUGGAUGGCAAGCGGGGGGUAAGGGUUACAACAGCGGUGGAAUGUACUGUUUCGGCUGGGCUGGAAACUGUGGAGACGGAGGUUUCGGUGCAAGUUCCUGGUACUUAAUCUGCGAAUCAUGUCGCGACAAGUAUCUAAAAGCGAAAAAGUAUCACAGACUGGCUAGAAAGUGCGUUGGCCGAACGUCGAAGAGAAAAGGAGACGUGAACAAGUUCCCCUCGCCGGUCAACAGUCCAAUAAUCAACGAAAAUCACAUUAUCAUCAAGAACAAUGCAAUGUUUCUUUUGGAUCUGGCCAGUGCAUCGGGUCCAACAAUUCCAAAACAACAGAGACGCUCCUCACAGACGCUUUCAUCAGUGGCGGAAAAUUACAGCCCUCCGGAAAGUGUUGGACCCUUUCCGACAAGUGGUCCUUUUCAGUGUCUUCAAGCUCUCGGUGUCAAUCCAUUUUCCAACGACGAUCGUUACUAUGAGGAGAAUCUACGACCGCAGACUAGUCAGAAAAAUUACGAGGGAAUGAAUUCGAACACAAGACCAUUGUCCGAGUGUCCCUUGAGUGACAGUGACAGUGACAGUGGUAAAAAUCGUGGUAUGUUUCACAGAUCGGUGUCAAUGACAACGGGCGCACCUUGGGCGAAGAACAGCAACGAUGGGCGAAUCGUCAUGACUCGAAAGAGAAAUAACAGCAGUAGUGAGAUGAGUAACGAUGGCGGUUCCUCUCUACUAUGUUAUCCAUCGGCAGCUCUUCAAAAACUCGUACCUUCUAUGGAUCAAUCGGCAAUUGUGUCCACUAGUCAAGAAGUCGAGAACACUGAUAAAAUCGAUCUUCUCACUCGACCGGUAAUGUUCUUCGUUCUCCAGCAACACAAUCUCCAGCAUCUUCAAUUGUCCAUCAAACAAUCGCUACGACGUGCCGCUUGUCGAAUGUACGCCAUGCAGGCCCUUAAUUGGCUCAUCCGGAAUGUCACUCAACCGAUUUGUCUACAUGACCUCCUCUGGUGGUUCGUAGCCUCAUUAACGCCCAUCCUCCCCGACGCGGUGAUAAAUCAGGACGACAAUCGUACCGACAAGAAAGAAGAUCCAGACAUGAUCGGCGUUUGCGAACAUCCAUUGAGCGAUCUAGUUGUCGCUGGUGAAUCGUCAAGCCUCCUACCAACCUCGUUCCACAAUCUUCUACAAACAAUCGCCGAUUUGAUGCUGCUCCUACCGCCCGGUUCGCCUCUCCAACAAGCUGCGAUCCGUUGCUGGGGAAUCAAAUUCACCCCCGCUGAUCAUAUGUUCCUGCAUCGAAGCCACGUAUUCAGUAAUAUCAGCAAAAUACUCACACGCUCUGAAGAAGAGGAGGACCUAAACAUCAGUAUGCACGAGUCUCAUCAAUCCAUCCAAUCUUCGAAUUUCGUCGAAGCACUCAAAGACCUAACGUCCGAUGUCGACAUAAAGGCGUCGAGUCGUCAGGCAAUGAUCGGUAGCCUCACAGACAAUUCCACGGAAACUUUUUGGGAAUCCGGCGAUGAGGAUAAGAAUAAAACGAAAACAAUCACUAUUCUCUGUGGAUCCCGCUCUCAUCCACGUAUUAUUUACAUUCACAUUGACAAUUGUCGUGAUUUAACACACAAAGUGGGAAGUCUAACAUUCCUCUCCGGCGUCAAGUCGGACGAAAUGAUGAAUUUAAAGACAAUGGAAAUUGAGGGUCGUUUCACCGGUUGGAUAAAUUGUCAAAUCACAAAUACGAAGCAUGUGAAUAUUAGUUUGGAAUUGAAGGGACCGGAUAAUUCGUUGAGAGUGAGACAAAUACGUGUCCUUGGGGAAAUUGAGGGCGAAACGUUAAAAUUGGGAAAACAGUUGAAUUCAUUGACGAUACAGCAGAGAAAUUGUGAAUCGGAUACGUUGAAAGUAUUUCGUUUGAUAACGUCGCAAGUGUUUGGAAAAUUAAUUCAGGGGGAACAGCAAUUGAUGGAACCGAUUGAAGGCGAUGAUUUGGAGGAUAGUAACGAUCUUCGGGAGCAUAUGGUGGGAAUUCUCUUCAGUAGGAGUAAAUUGACGCAUCUUCAGAAGCAAGUUUGUUCGCAUAUUGUACAAGCAAUUAAAAAGGAGACGAUACGUUUAAGGGAGGAAUGGGAGACACUGUUGUGUUCGCCAACACCGGUUAAUAGUAUUUUGAGUGAUGGUAGUGAUUUGCCAAAAGCCGCCGAUACAUAUUGCUUUGAAAUGUUGUCAAUGGUUUUGGCACUUAGUGGCAGCUCGGUGGGGAGGAAUUAUUUGUCCCAUCAGUACGGGCUUUUGGAAGAUUUAUUGAGUUUACUUCACACGGGAACUGCUCGCGUGCAAAGGCAAGUUAUUUCACUGCUCAGGAGAAUUCUACCGGAAAUUAAGCCCGAAUUGUUUGCAAACGCUGUUGGUAUUGAGAGAUUACCACCUUCGGAUUUUAGUAUCAUUUCGAUGGGUAAUGGUGAAUACGCACAAGGUGAGGAUUUUAAUGAACACGCUCCGGGAAUUUUGGAUGUUUUUCUGAGUUGUAUAGCGAAAGCUCUGAAUGUACAAGUGAAAGUGAAGGGAAAGGAGAAUAAUGGAAAGGCACUUCAAACAGUGUCACUGGCGACGAGUAUUCAUCCGAAAAAUUUUCUCGGUGCUCGUUGGUGGCUUCGGGGUUGUAUGACUAGAAAAUUGGCUGAACUCAUCAUUCAAUUGCUGAAGGAUAUGGCCUCUGGAAAAUUAUCGGAUGCCUGGGCAUUGGUGACAAAGGCAGCAAUCGCGGAAAAUAUUCUCAAUUUGACACGAAUGGACGAGAAGAGUCGUGAACCCACUGAAUGUCUUCACUCUCCAACCUUGUGGCUAGCCCUGUCUUCUCUAUGCGUUUUGGAUUCGGAUCAUGUUGAGAGAUUAACUUCUGGUCAAUGGAGUGCCACCGAUGGACAACCAGCUCUUCCAAGGCAAACCUGUUCGAAUCACGAUGACAAUGAGACAGUAGCAGUGAUUCAGUGCAAUUUUUGUGGCAAUCUAUGCGCCGAAUGUGAUCGCGUUCUUCACUUGCAUAGAAAAACAAAACUUCAUCAGCGACAAGUUUGUAAAGAAGAAGAGGAGGCAAUUCGUGUCGAUCUCCAUGAGGGUUGUGGAAGAACGAAACUCUUUUGGAUUCUAGCGUUAGCCGACAGUAGUACAUUAAAAGCAUUAGUGGAAUUUCGCGAUGGUUCACCACAAAAGCCAGCUGGGCUGUCGACAGGUCUCUGUCGUUUUUGCGGAGCAACGGGAAACACUGGAUUAUUGGCAAUUGGAAAUGUCUGCGCCGAUUAUGAUUGUCAGGAGCAUGCAAAGAAUGCAUGUCACAAAAUUCAUUCUUGUGGCCAUAUUUGCGGUGGUGUACGAAAUGAACGAGCAUGUUUGCCCUGUCUUCAUCGUUGUGUGUCAAAUGGCGAUUUAAAGCAAGACGCCGACGAUAUGUGCAUGAUUUGUUUCGUCGAGGCACUAUCUAGCGCUCCGGCUAUUCAAUUACAAUGUGGACACAUUUUUCAUUUGCAUUGCUGUUGGAAUGUUCUUGUGAAAAAAUGGGUGGGACCGAGAAUCACCUUUGGAUUUGCCUGUUGUCCGAUUUGCAAGGUGCCCAUGGAACAUCCUAAUUUGUCGGAGCAACUCACGAGUGUCAAGGCACUCUAUGAGGACGUUCGACGAAAGGCACUGAUGCGAUUAGAAUACGAGGGUUUGCACAAAGCUGAGGCGGUGAUUUCGCCGGGUGGUCGUUAUUAUCAGGAUCCAACUGCAUACGCAAUGGAUCGUUACGCUUAUUAUGUUUGUUAUAAAUGUCAAAAAGCCUAUUACGGCGGCGAAGCGAGAUGCGAUGUUCAACAGGGUGGCGAGUCGUUCGAUCCAACGGAACUUGUUUGCGGUGGGUGCAGCGAUGUUGCACGAGCUCAAAUGUGCCCAAAACACGGAACUGAUUUUCUCGAAUACAAAUGUCGUUAUUGUUGCUCAGUUGCUGUAUUCUUUUGUUUUGGAUCGACACACUUUUGUAAUAAUUGUCACGAUGAUUUUCAAAGAGUUACCAACAUUCCAAAAACACAAUUGCCAUUUUGUCCAGCGGGACCGAAGGGUAAACAACUGGAGGGAGAUGAAUGCCCUUUACACGUGAAACAUCCACCAACGGGCGAAGAGUUUGCUCUUGGCUGUGGAAUAUGCCGUAAUGCACAUACUUUUUAAAAAAAAUUGUCUUCAAAUGUUUAUUAAGAAAAAGAGAAGAGUCAAAUUUUCAAAUAUCACCUGAAAAUAUCUCUUUAAGAUUUAAUACUACUAGUCUAAUUAUGAGCAAACGGCAAAUGUGUAUGUCUGUGUGUGUUUUUUUUUCAAUAUUAAGAAUGAAGGAAAUGUCAACGGUGAUAUGUUGCCACACUAGAAAAUUUCAAAUGUUUUUUCAUUAAAUAAAUUUUUUUUCCUCUUACAAUUUAAAAAGGGAAAUGUAUUCUAGAACUUAAAGUAAAUGACGAAUGAUUAAAUGAAUGAUAUAUGUGAAAAUAUUCACCGUAUUUGGUGAACCGUCAAAAUAAGUGAGAAAAACCAUAUUGCAUUUGUUAUUAAGAAAAUUUAAAAUAAGAACGUUUUUAUCGAUAGUUUCUCGUAAGUUGUAGAAAAAAGAAAAAAAAAUAAGAGCUUUCUACAUUAAUGUAAGACUUAUCGAAAAAAAAGUAAUUCCGUUUCAAGGUGUCUAAUUAUCGCCUUUUUCCAAUGCGUUCUAGAAUUAUUAAUAAUAAUAUAAAUAAUAAAAAAUUAUUAAAAAAAAAAUAAAUAAAAGAGGCGAUUCCAAAGACACGAGAUGUGUAUUUUCGUGUUAAUAAUUAAAAAAAAAGGAAAAAAAUUCAAGUGUGUUACGUUAAUGCUGAUGGUUAGGAAAAAAAAGUCUAAUAGUAUGAAAGAAUUUUGCGCGAUGAUGUUAAGUGUACGUAUAACUAAAAAACAGUAAUACAAUCAAACGUACGUGUGAUUACUUAGAGUCUUUAAAUUAUUAAAAGUGACAGUAAUUUGUAAAUUUUUCAUGUUAUAAUCUAAUUUUGUAUUUUUGCUCAUAUCUUUUUAAUCGUUGCCGAGAUAAUUAUGUCGAUGAUAAUAAUAUUAACAACAAUUCAGCGUGUAAAAUUGCACGUUUAUUUUAAAAAAAUUAUUUAUUAUAUUCUACGUGAAAUUUUUUGUCCGUUACUAUUAUAUAUAAUUUGAGUACAUAAAAGAAAAUGUUCUUUUUGAUUUUGGGCACGUUUCUAAAUGUUUGUAAGCGUUUAUUUUCGUUUUAGUAUUUUGUAUUCAUUUUCUACGACUUGUAUUUCAGUUUGCCAUUAUACAAAAGACUUGAGAAAUAAUAAGUCUUUUAUUUUCUCCAAA